AUGUCGAUUGGAAAGUUGCAACCGUUUGAUCCUAACACGGACGAUUGGGCGUUGUAUGUAGAUAGGUUAGAACAAUAUUUCAUAGUGAAUUCCGUAACGGAGACAUUGAAAGUCCCUACGUUAAUUACAGUGAUGGGCAGUGCAAGUUACGAGUUACUAGUGACAUUGUGUACGCCGGACAAACCGUCAACAAAGAACUUUGAAGCGCUAAAAGAGCUGAUGACUAAUCAUUUACAACCUAAAAGGAGCAUAAUGGCGGAACGUUACAAAUUUCGUCAACGAAUACAAAAAAAAGACGAGUCGUUGGCAGUUUAUGUCGCGGAUUUAAAGAAGUUGACUAAAUAUUGUGAUUUUAAGACGGAACUGGAAAAUAAUCUGCGGGAUCAAUUCGUGUGCGGCAUAGCGGACGAUACUAUUAGGCAGAGGAUGUUCGUAGAAGACGAGUUGUCAUUCGCCAAGGCCUGGAAGCUAGCGGUUGCCAUGGAGGCAGCAGAGAAAGACGCGGCGGCUGUCGAUAGUAAGACGCGCGGCACUAGUAAAGAGGUCGUGGAAGUGCUUUACGCAUCGGCAAGCGGGGCCAGAACGCAGGGCUCGUCGGGGACCUGGAGGGCUAACGGGGCAAACCAGGCAGCGGGGCGCAGCAAGGCGGCGUCGCAGGCAUGGGGCGGACGCGCGCAGGCGAGACCGGCGCCCGGAGCGGGAGCGGCAGAAGCGCAGCGCGGUCGCGAUCAGGGCCAGUGUCGUGUUUGUGGCGGCAGUCAUGACGCGGCAACUUGCAAAUUCCGCAUGUAUUCUUGUCGCGUAUGCAUGCAACAAGGACAUUUGAAGAAGGUGUGUCCCCGACUACAAACCGGAGCGAGAGUACAUGCGUUGGGCGCGAAUGAAGAUGAUGAGGAGGAGUUAUUGAACGAGGUACCAUUUAACGCUUUAUCUGUAGGCAGUUUAAGUCGUUAUAAGCCGUUUAUGAUGACGUUGGACGUUAACGGUAUAUGUUUGGAAAUGGAAGUUGACACCGGUAGUGCUAUUUCAUGUAUAAGUCUAGAUUGCUAUCAAAAAUUAUUUAAAAAUUUACCUAUUUUAACAUCUAAUGUAUUACUCAACUUUUACGCGGGAGGAGGUUUUCGCCCAUUCGGUAAAAUUACACCGAUAGUUAAAUAUAAAAACAAAGAGAUAACUUUAGAUUUAUUUGUUAUAGAAGGGGGCAAAAACCCAUUGUUAGGAAGACAAUGGCUUUACGAAUUGACAAUGGGUCUGGACCAGUUUAGUUGUAAUAAGAUCGAUACCAAAUUGGAACUUACUAUGGAUUCAUUGAUUUCUAGGUAUAAGGAUGUAUUCGCGGACGGGCUCGGGCGGUACACGGGCGGCACGGUGGCGCUGCGCGUGCGCUCGGGCGCCGCGCCGGUGUACAUGCGCGCGCGGCCGCUGGCGUACGCGCUGCGCGCGCCGGUGGAGAGCGCGCUGGACCAGCUGCAGCGGGACGGCAUUAUCACGCCGGUCGAAACGUCAGACUGGGCCACGCCGAUAGUACCGGUAGUGAAGCGUGAUGGAGGUAUUCGCAUAUGUGGCGAUUAUAAAUUAACACUGAACAGAUGCUUAGAAAUUGACCGUUUUCCCUUGCCUAGGGUUGAAGACCUGCUGGUCAAGUUACACGGGGGGGAAACGUUUUCAAAAAUUGAUUUGUCUCAAGCAUAUGCACAAUUCGAGUUGGACGAGGCAUCCAAACCUUAUACCGUGAUCAACACACAUAAAGGCUUGUAUAUGUAUAAUAGGCUGAUCUAUGGGCUUUCAUCGAGUCCGGGGAUAUUUCAAAGGAAACUAGAACAACUUUUUGCAGACUUACCGCGAGUAGGUGUUUUCCUUGAUGACGUAAUUAUAACGGGAGUAGACAGGGAGGAUCAUUUGCGUACAUUACAUCAAGUGCUAGGACGCCUCGAGAAAUUUGGGUUGAAAGUAAAGAAAGAAAAAUGCUCUUUCUUCGCGGAGUCGGUGACGUAUUUAGGGUUUCGUAUUAGUAAACAAGGGGUUCACACGUGUCCGGAAAAGAUAAAAGUCAUAAAGGACAUGGCGAUACCGGCUAAUUUAACCGAGCUUCGCUCAUUCAUAGGAAUGAUUAUGUACUAUGGGAAAUUUGUUAAAAAUAUAAGUAUGACUUUAACACCAUUGUACAAAUUAUUAAGGAAGGGGGCUUCGUUUAUUUGGACCAAGGAAUGUUCGGAAGCGUUUAAUGCCAUCAAGCGUUGUUUGGUUUCCAGUUCGGUGUUGGCGCACUAUGACCCUGAACUUCCCUUAUGUCUAACUACGGAUGCGAGUUCGAGCGGCGUGGGCGCUGUGAUUUCGCACCAGAUGCCAGAUGGAACGGAAAGGCCUGUUGCGUACGCGUCCAGAGUGCUCAAUGCGGCGGAGGUAAAUUAUUCUCAGAUUCAAAGAGAAGCCUUGGGAAUUGUGUUUGGUAUAAAAAAAUUCCAUCAGUACCUGUACGGCCGAAGGUUUUUGCUAAGGACCGAUCAUAAGCCGUUGGUAUCAAUUUUCGGAGAUAAGGGAGGUAUUCCAUCGAUGGCCGCGAGCAGACUACAAAGAUGGGCGGUAAUUUUAUCUGGUUACCAGUAUGACAUAGAAUACGUGCCUACGGACAAAAAUGGAGCUGACGCACUGUCCAGGUUACCAGUGGGGAAGCAAGCAGCGGACAGGACAGAGGUAACAUAUGUACAAUUCGUACAGGAUUUCUUACCAAUUACUAGUGAUCAAGUCAAAACGAAUUUAAAAACAGAUAGUCUACUGAGAAAAGUGGUUAUGUACUUACAGUCAGGGUGGCCGGCAAAGUGCGACGAUCCUGAGCUGCAGCCGUAUUGGGUAAGGCGUCACGAACUGUACUCAGAAGCAGGAUGUAUCAUGUGGGGCUACAGAAUGGUGAUACCCACGUCAUUAAGAUUUGAUGUUCUGCGUGAGCUGCACAUAGGCCACUUUGGAGUGGUCAAGAUGAAAAGUCUUGCCCGGAGCUAUGUUUGGUGGCCCGGCAUCGAUGCUGAAAUCGAGAAAACGUGUCGAGAAUGCACCACAUGCGCUUUGGAAGCACCAGCUCCAGCCAAAUCUACACCACAAGCUUGGCCAUAUCUCGAAGAAGUUUGGAGUAGGUUGCAUAUGGAUUUCCUAGGACCCUUAAACGGCAUGACCUAUUUAGUUGUCGUAGAUUCAUCGUCCAAAUGGAUCGAAGUAAAACAAAUGACGAGGACGACGGCAGAUGACGUCAUCAGAGUUUUAAGGGAGAUAUUUGCGCGUUUCGGGCUACCCAAGAUGAUGGUAUCGGACAAUGGCCCGCCGUUCACGAGUGGAGAACUGACUCAGUUCAUGCAAUUUAAUGGCAUAAAACAAACUUACUCUCCGGUGUAUCAUCCAUCUUCAAACGGAGCAGCGGAAGGUGCAGUAAAGCUAGUCAAAAAAACAAUUUAUAAGGCGUUACGGGAUAGGCAAGACGUGGACGCUGCGCUCCAGUCAUAUUUACUGGCGUAUAGGAAUUCUAUUCACAGUAGCACGGGCGAGUCGCCGGCGAGGUUGCUGCAGCGAAGAGGUCUGCGCACACGACUUGACCUGCUGCGCGCCGAUGCUGGCGCCACGGCGCACGAGUGUGCGCGCGCCGCGCAGCUCCGACAGCGCGAAAACGCGGGGGGCGUCUCAAGGUCGUGUAGUGUAGAUGAUAAUGUUUGGGCUAGAAAUUUUAGCAAGGGGGAGAAAUGGGUUAGCGGUACGAUCACGGAACAAUUAGGUUCGCGUAAUUAUUUGGUGCAAAGGGAAGACGGUCAAAUUAUUAAAAGGCAUAUAGAUCAGUUACGCAAUAACUCACGCUUAGCUAUAACGGCGUGCCCAGCGGCGGACGAUGACGAUAACCAUGAGAACUCGGAGCCGUGCCCGCCACCGGAGCUCGCCUCUGUGCCACCCGCCCCGAUACCUAAACGUGUGCCAUUGCCCGUAGAAAGAUAUGGUAAUCCCAUAUUAUAUUAG